CUGUUAUCUUUUACUUGUAACCGACUUCUGAUUGGAAAGGGACAGAAGUGGAUCCAGGAUGCAAGGAAUCUGGGCUCUGGCUGUUCUCUGUGUGCUCUUUGCAGAAAUAGAGGCUCAAAACGGGUCUCGUAAUAGAGUGCAGCAGAGCAAGCAACCCGUACAAAGUAAUAAACGUGCACCUUUCAAAUCAUGGAACAGCCAAAUGUAUCCCAUCUGGAAUGGAGGAAAGGACCAGAAGAGAGAUUGCUGGAAAGGAGGUGAAGUGACAUUUGAUAUUGUAAAUGAUUCGCCCACAUUGACUGGUGCAAAGACUACAUUCUCAAUCAAGCUCAACUUUCCCAAAAAUCAGACUGUGCUGCCUGAUGGACAGGUCAUCUGGAACCAGAACUGCACUGAAAAUGGUACCUGGGUAUCUUCUGGAGAGCCAGUUUAUCCUGAUGAAACCACUGAAGGAGCUGACUGUUCCUUUCCCGAUGGUCGCCCUUUCCCACUUGGUGCUGAGAAGAGACGCAGCAAGUUUGUCUACGUUUGGCAGACAUGGGGAAAAUAUUGGCAAGUGGUGGAUGGGCCUGUCUCUAAUCUGACUGUGGACACAGAUGACGUACCCCUUGGCUCGUAUAAUAUGGAAGUUGUCGUAUACCACUAUCGUGGACGCCAGAAAUUCAUCCCUAUUGGCAGUACCUCAUCCCAAUUUGCCAUAACUGAUCAGAUUCCUGUCUCUGUAUCAAUUUCCCAACUCCAGGAUCUGAACGAGGCAGACCAGCGUUUCAUUCAGAACAGAGCUGUGUCCUUCUCAGUAGCGGUCCAUGAUCCCAGCCACUACCUCCAGGCUGCAGACAUAUCUUUCUCUUGGGACUUUGGUGAUCAGAGUGGUACACUCAUCACAAGGAAUACAGAUGUCACUCAUACAUAUAUCUCUUCUGGCGUGUUCAGACCAAAAUUAACCAUGCAAGCUGCUAUCCCUAUAUCUCCAUGUGGCAGUACUGCUGCCUCCAUAACAGAGGGGACAGAUACCACCAAUGUGCCUCCUGAGCCUACAACUGAAGCAGAGGCUUCUACUACAGGUGUUCCAGUUUUGCCCACUGAAACCGAAUCUCCAAGUAAUACCACUUUGCCUGUUGAAGCAGAGCUGAUAACUGCAGAAUCCGAGUUAAACAUGGAGGUUGUUACUGUGCCAGAGGUUGUCCCUGCUGAGGGGGAGGCUGCUACCGAUGCUGAGGUUGUCCCUGCCGAGGGGGAGGCUGCUACCGAUGCUGAGGUUGUCCCUGCCGAGGGGGAGGCUGCUACCGAUGCUGAGGUUGUCCCUGCCGAGGGGGAGGCUGCUACCGAUGCUGAGGUUGUCCCUGCCGAGGGGGAGGCUGCUACCGAUGCUGAGGUUGUCCCUGCCGAGGGGGAGGCUGCUACCGAUGCUGAGGUUGUCCCUGCCGAGGGGGAGGCUGCUACCGAUGCUGAGGUUGUCCCUGCCGAGGGGGAGGCUGCUACCGAUGCUGAGGUUGUCCCUGCCGAGGGGGAGGCUGCUACCGAUGCUGAGGUUGUCCCUGCCGAGGGGGAGGCUGCUACCGAUGCUGAGGUUGUCCCUGCCGAGGGGGAGGCUGCUACCGAUGCUGAGGUUGUCCCUGCCGAGGGGGAGGCUGCUACCGAUGCUGAGGUUGUCCCUGCCGAGGGGGAGGCUGCUACCGAUGCUGAGGUUGUCCCUGCCGAGGGGGAGGCUGCUACCGAUGCUGAGGUUGUCCCUGCCGAGGGGGAGGCUGCUACCGAUGCUGAGGUUGUCCCUGCCGAGGGGGAGGCUGUUACCGUUCCUGAAGCUGUCCCUGCCGAGGGGGAGGCUGUUACCGUUCCUGAAGCUGUCCCUGCCGAGGGGGAGGCUGUUACCGUUCCUGAAGCUGUCCCUGCCGAGGGGGAGGCUGUUACCGUUCCUGAAGCUGUCCCUGCCGAGGGGGAGGCUGUUACCGUUCCUGAAGCUGCCCCUGCCGAGGGGGAGGCUGUUACCGUUCCUGAAGCUGUCCCUGCCGCAUCAGUUGAGGUCGCAUCAGCAGCUCAGACUGUGGCUGCCACUGGACAGGAAGAUGUGUUACUACUUGCAAAGAGACAGGCUCCCGAGGAUCCUCUUGUAGGCUGCCUCCUAUAUCGUUAUGGAACAUUUGCAACUGAACUGGAUGUUGUUCAGGGAAUUGAGAGUGUCGAGAUUGUGCAAGUAGACUCCAUAGCGGCUGUCGGUGUGGAGAAUGCUGUGGAUCUCACUAUAACCUGUCAAGGGGGUCUUCCUAGCCAGGUGUGCACAGUCAUAUCUGACUCGAACUGUCAAAUUCCUCAAGAGACACUGUGUAACCCAGUGGAGCCCUCAUCUGACUGCCAGAUGGUUCUACGGCAAGUGUUCAAUGGGACCGGUACCUUCUGUGUCAAUGUGUCCUUAACAGACGACGUUAGCUUGGCUGUUGCUAGUACACAAGUAACAGUGUCAGGAGGUCCAGUAUCCUCAACAAACGGUAUAGUCGUAACUGUUGGCAUUCUUCUGGUUGCCCUGGCUGUGGCUGCUGUUGCGUAUACAUACAGACGUACAAAGUCUUACACGCCCCUACGUACAGAGAAUGCUUCAAUCAACUGGUUCCCUGACCGCUCAUCUCUACGCCUCUUCUUUCAAAAUGCCCUUGGACGUUCCAUAAAUGGCGAGAGUAGUCCCCUCUUAAAUGGUCAAGUUGUGUAA